GCAGCAGCUAUCAGUUCACUGGGCAAAACAAAACUAUAUAAAUUAUAAAACUGCCCAAUUAUUAUAGUUAAUAAAUUACAUUAAAAUGGUCGAUGAAUUGAGAAAGUAUUUGAACCAUUUACUAGAAAAGGUGAAUGGUCUUCAUUGUAUACUAAUUACUGAUCGAGAUGGUGUGCCACUCGUACGCGCAGUAACAGAAAGGGCACCACAGUUAGCUUUGCGGCCUAAUUUUAUUUCUACAUUCGGUAUGGCCACGGAUCAAGCAAGCAAAUUGGGUUUGGGUAGGAACAAGACUAUUAUAUCUAUGUAUUCAAGUUAUCAGGUAAUUCAAAUGAAUAAAUUACCUUUGGUAAUAACAUUCAUUGGUAGUGAUAGUUGCAACACGGGUCAUAUUUUAUCAUUGGAGAGCCAGAUAGAACCAUUCUUAAAGGAUUUAGCUGCAAUAGUGGUGGACACACCAUGAAUAUUAUUACAAAUGUAAUGGGUAAAAAUUACUAAUGUUAGAAAUCAUGUACAG